AGUUCAUCACGAUGCGAUUCUCAGUUUCGUUAAGGCAAACAGAGUGUAAGAAGCGUUCUGGAAUCGCACCAAGAAACAUUAACAAAACUAACACGAUGAGAGUUUGCGUAAUUGGGGCCGGAACAGCGGGACUUUGUUGUGCCCGACACUCGAUUGAUAAUGGUUUUGAGACCACUGUAUUUGAACUAUCUGACAGAAUCGGCGGAACCUGGGUUUACAACGAGGCAACAGGUGUUGUAAACGGCAUCGAUGUUCACAGCAGCAUGUAUGAAAAUUUACGCACUAAUCUGCCCAAAGAAGUAAUGGGAUACCCAGAUUUUGAAAUCGCUACAAACGAUAUGUCUUACAUACGAUCUGAUGAAAUCUGUGUUUUUCUAAACCAAUACGCUAACCAUUUCGAUUUAAAAAAGCAUAUCAGGUUUAAUUCCUACGUUAUUCGAGUUCUUAGAAGAAAUGAAAAGUGGCAAGUUCUUGUUAAAGAUGUGGCUUCCAAUAAGGUAGCGUUCCAUUACUUUGACAAGAUUAUGGUGGCCAACGGGCAUUAUCACACCCCAAACUAUAGUCAAAUCCCAAAUAUGAAUCGUUUUAAGGGCGAAUACUUGCACAGCCAUGACUUCAGAACGAGGAAAGUUUUUGAAGGUAAAUCUGUUCUUGUUAUUGGAGCUGGGCCAAGCGGGAUGGACCUGUCCAACAUCAUUUCCCGAUCGGCGGCACGAGUUACAAUUAGUCACCACCUUACUGAUAUUGGAGAAAACAUAUUUUUUGAGAAUGUGCAACAAAAGCCCGAUGUUUUGGAACUUGAUGAGCAAGGAGCCUUUUUUGUUGACGGAUCCUACGAGCAGUUCGACACAGUUUUCUUUUGCACAGGAUAUAAGUAUAGCUUCCCCUUCCUGACUGUUAAUUCCGGGAUUUAUGUUGAGGACAACUACGUCCAAACAUUGUACAAGCAAUGCAUUAACAUAAGGAACCCAUCGAUGGCCCUGAUAGGACUACCGUUUUACGUUUGUGCCGCCCAGAUGAUGGAUAUUCAAGCCAGGUUCAUCAUGAGCUACUACAAUGGAUCGAAUAAGCUGCCAUCCACAGAGGAAAUGCUGAAGGACACCCAGGAUAAAAUGGCAAGGAUUUGGGAAGCGGGCUACAAGAAACGGCAAGCUCAUAUGCUGGGUCCUAGACAAAUCGACUACUUUACAGACUUGUCAAAAACUGCCGGAGUGGUGAACAUCAAAGCUGUUAUGACAAAAUUACACAACGAAAGCAGCCAAUGUUUUAACGACAACUUGCUCCAUUUUCGAGAGGAUAAAUUUGCUAUUGUCGACGAUGAAACAUUUGUCAAGUUAAAUUAGAGUCUUGAUUAAAAAUUGCGUACACGCCCUGUGUGAUAUCCAUGACUCAAUAAAAUGUACUUGUUCGUUGAGAGCAUGAAGUUUA